AUGACUGAGCUGCCAACUAAGCGGGGUUUCCCUGGACCACCACCUGCCAACAACGGGCAACAACCUUCUUCAAGAAGGUGUUAUGAUGCCAGAGAUGCCCAUAAAAUUGCCCAGAUCAACCGAUUACUUCCCAUAGGCUGGCACUUAACUGGAGCUUCACGGUACCAGAUGAUAACUACCCUGGGAGAAGGAGCCUAUGGCACGGUUGGAAAAUUCAUUAGGCUCAAUGACAUGAAGAGCGUAGCCAUCAAAAUAGUUAAGACUGAUUGCUUCAGAAAUGGACUGGCAAACUUGGAGGUGGCUGCCCUGCAGAAGUUAAAGUUGUACAAAUCUGAAAGGUAUAACUUGGUUCAGUUUUACAACGUUCUUACCGAUGGGCAAAAAUUAUGUCUCGAAUUCGAGCUUCUGGACAAGAACCUUUAUGAAUUCAUGAAGGAAAGACAAUUCCGACCACUCGCUCUAAACUCAGUUAGAGCCAUCACCCAGCAGGUUGCGAAAGCACUGGAUCAUUUGAAGUCUGUACGUUUGAUACAUGCAGACCUCAAGCUGGAAAAUGUGAUGCUUGUCAACCAUCAGAAACAACCUUAUAGGGUCAAAGUGAUUGACUUUAGCUUGGCAUGUGAAACCUCCGCUGCCUCGAUGGGCUCUUGCAUUCAGUCCCGUUCAUACCGGUCCCCAGAGAUUAUUCUCGGGGCUCCAUUUACAGAGGCCAUAGAUGUAUGGUCUCUGGGCUGCAUUGCUGCUAAUCUGUACCUUGGCUCCAUGCUCUACCCUGGUGAGAAUGAAUAUGAGGUGAUGAGGUACAUAGUGGAGACUCAGGGCCAGCCUCCAGGCAAGAUCCUCGACAGUGGGCUCAAGACUGCCUUUUAUUUCGACAAGCAGUUGUAUUUCACCACCAGCACCUGGAAACUCAAGGUUCUUAACACCUGA